UGUUCGAUCACCUUCCAUGGUCAACUCAGUUGCAAGUUUGUAUAUAUAGACAAAUGCAAACCACCGAAAGGUAUCAGUGGGCAUUCAGCCAGCAAACUAGCAGCGUCUAUAUAGAUCUUUUAACAAAUAUAGAAAAAUGAAGCUGUUUAUUACUUUGUCCGCUGUACUGGCCGUGGUGGCUGCAAAUAGCUAUGGUGGUGGUGAUCACUAUGUGGACCAUAAGCACAUUCCGAUCGUGCACAGCGAGCAUGCUCAGGGCAACGACGCCUUCAAGUAUUCAUACCAAUCGGGUAAUGGAAUCACCGUUCAGGAACAAGGCCAUGUCAAGAACUUUGGCAGCAAGGGUCACGAAGCUAACGUUGCUCAUGGGUCGUACUCUUACGUUGAUCCCCAUGGUGAAACCGUUUCUGUGAGCUACGUUGCCGACGAGAAUGGAUUCCAUGCCGAAGGGUCGCACAUCCCGAAGGCACCGCCACUACCAAAGGAGCUGGUUGAGGCCUACGCCAAGGUGGGCAGUCAUCCAGAGGCCCACCACGAGGAUCCAGCAAGCUACAAGGGUUACUAGGUAGAUCCGACAUUGCUGCAACAUCCAGCAGGGUGUAUUCUCUCGUUAUGAGUGUAAUCCAAAAUGUGAUAGUCUAUCCGAUUGUCAGCCGGAUAGUGCCUAGAGUAAUAAUUUUUAUAAUUAUAUGGAAAACCAAAACACCAGAUGUAAAUAAAAUAUAUGAUGUCUAUUUUUGAGAACACAUG